CAUGUGUAGAACUGAUGUAAGUCGUGCAGUGAUGAGGCUACCACUCUGUGUUUGUGUGGUUGCAGUAUUCAGACUGACCCAUGGGCUGGACAACGGUCUCGCUCUAACGCCACCCAUGGGCUUCCUGUCGUGGGAGAGAUUCAGGUGUAACGUGGAUUGCAAGCGGGACCCUGACAAUUGUAUCAGUGAGAGGUUAUACAGAAGUAUCGCCGACGUCAUGGUGUCGGACGGCUACCGUGACCUUGGUUACGUCUACGUCAACAUCGACGACUGCUGGUCAGCCAAGUCACGUGACCCACAGGGAAACCUCCAGCCAGAUCCUGACCGCUUCCCGAGUGGAAUGCUGAAUUUGUCGACUUACAUGCAUUCGCGAGGACUGAAGCUGGGCAUCUACGGAGAUGUGGGGACUGAAACUUGUGGUGGUUAUCCCGGAAGUCAAAACUUCUUGCAACAAGACGCACGCACCUUCGCCAAGUGGGGAAUAGAUCUUCUCAAGUUUGAUGGUUGCCAUAGCAGCCGUGAGAACUUGGCCAAAUAUUAUCCAGAAAUGAGCAGACAACUUAACCAGACUGGUCGGUCCAUACUUUAUUCUUGCGAAUGGGCGAGUUAUGACAUACUUAACACCGAGCGCAUGUAUGAAGUCAACAAGAAGUACUGCAACACUUGGAGAAACUUCUUUGACAUCCAAGACAGCUGGCGGAAUGUUCUAGAGGUCAUUAUCUAUUAUAGGAUAGAUCUUGGCAACUUUUCUGGAGUAGCUGGACCUGGUGGCUUCAACGAUCCGGACCAGCUGAUCAUUGGGGACUUCAGUCUGAGUUAUGACCAGGAGAAGGUUCAGUUCGGGAUGUGGGCGAUGUUUGCCGCCCCACUCUACAUAUCCGCUGAUCUGAGGACCAUGAGACCACAGGCCAAGUCCAUUCUACAGAACAGGGGCGUCAUUGCCAUCAACCAGGACCCACUGGGACAGCAAGCGAAGCUCCUGACAAAGAUCGCAAAUAUUCAAGUGUGGACCAAAGCAUUGGCUUUUCCUCGAAGUUAUGCAGUUGCGUUUUUCAAUCCGGAUCUUGGUGGAACACCCACACUCGUGACCUUGACCUUGUCGCACAUCCAAUUGACCAAUCAAAAUGGGUACAACAUCACGGACGUAUUCGACGACAUCAACAUUGGGACAUACAAUCUUACAGAUAAAUUCAGUAUUUCAGUUAAUCCAGAGGGAAUUGUUCUUCUCAAGAUCGUUCCACUGUGAUAUCCCUGGAGAACAUUCAAAAAGUCUUUUGUUUCACGAUUUGUCCGAACACAUAUUCCAGUUUUGAUGUUGAAUAAAAUAACAAUGAAAAGUGGACAUCAAAGUAUGUGGCAAUUUGAUUGG